AUGGCUACACCAGAGACGGAUGUCGACGAGCUGUCAGAGUCGCAACAACUGGCCUUACAGCAAUACACGGCAGUCACAGAUCAAGAUGUUCCAGCCGCGAUACCUCUUCUCCAAAGGUCGCAAUGGAAUGUACAGAUAGCAAUUGCCAAGUUCUUUGACGGUGAGGGCCCAGACCCAGUGGAAGAAGCGCGGGCAGCGCAGAACCUACCCCCACCAAGAGCAGCAAGGCAUGAGAAUCUACAACACAGCUUGCUUCGAGGAUCCUCGCGACCACUACGAUCAGAGUCCCGACCAGACGCCGCGCCUCGGAUAGUGCCACAACCAGAAGACGAUGUCGCCCCGAGUCCAAACUUUUUCCUCUCUCUCCUCUUCACACCUUUCAGCCUCCUGUACAGGGUCUUCUCCUCGUCAUUCGGCAGUCUCUUCUCCCUAAUCUUUCCAUUCCUCCCACGAGCACUGCGCCCGAAUCCCACAAUCAGAACUCCACGCAGGGCAAACACAGGAGGAAGACGAUCGCUAAAGCCCAGAGAUUCAGCGGCCAGAGUCAAGCGAGAGUUUGAAGAGGAGUACGGAAGUGACAACAUCCCAUUCUAUGAAGGUGGAUAUGCGCAAGCUCUAGACUUGGCCAAGAAGGAUCUCAAAUUCCUCCUGGUCCUCCUUCUUUCCACCGAGCACGACGACACCUCCUCUUUCAUCCGCGAUACUCUCCUCUCCCCCGAAGUCCAGACCUUCGUAAAAGAGCCCGCCAACAACAUUAUACUCUGGAUCGGCGACGUGCGAGACUCAGAAGCAUAUCAGGUCUCUACAGCCCUGAAUUGCAGUAAGUUUCCAUUCUCAGCCCUCAUUGCCCACACACCAAGCGUCAGCAGCACAGCAAUGUCGGUCGUUGCACGAGUAGUAGGGCCCAUGGACUUCUCGACCUAUCUGGCGAAGUUACGAAAUGCGAUUUCGACGCACGAAGAGCAACUAGCUACAGUACGCGCCACCCGCUCCGCGCAAAACUUUGAGAGGACCCUUAGAGAAGAGCAGGACUCGGCCUACGAGCGCAGUCUUGCCCAAGAUAGAGAGCGCGCAAGAUUAAGGCGUGAAGCGGAGGCGGCUGCUAAGGCAGAAGAGAAGAAGCAGAGAGAAGCGGAAGAAGCCGCAGCAAAAUUGGCGGCAAACAGACUGCAAUGGCGGAAAUGGCGAUCAUCAAAGAUUAAAGCCGAGCCCGGCGCAGACGCUAAGGAUAUCGUGCGGAUAGCGCUCAAGAUGCCCGAAGCUGCACGCGUGAUGCGAAGGUUCAGAGCCGGCGACUCGAUCGAGGAGCUAUACGCCUUCGUCGACUGCUACGAAUUUGUGCAGGACGGCUCAACUGCCGAUGAUGAAGUCAGCGAGCCGGAGGGAUACAAGCACGAGUUUGGCUUUCGGCUGGUGCAGACGCUGCCGAGGGUCGUGUAUGGCGUUGAAGACGAGGGCACGAUAGGGGAACGUGUGGGCAAGAGUGGCAAUCUAAUUGUAGAGAGUAUCUCAGAUGGAGAUGAAGAUGAUGAGGAUAACGGGAACGAAUAA